GAGUGGUUGGUGGGUUAUUUCCAGAAGCUUCGCCCGGUUUCUCAAAUCAUCAGCGCCAUACUUCAUUUUCACCAAACGCAAGCAAACGCCCCAGCACAACACAACAAAAUCAACAUCAACGCAAACUCCAGUGGCAAGGAAAGGAAGCAGCUUUCUUGGAGCUGAUUUUCGCCCUUUGCAAAGGGUUUUGGGGGUCUUCCUCUCAAAUUUCGCGAAUGCAGCAAAUUGAGAGAGAGAGAGCAUUCAUUAGAAGGAGCAAUGGGAGUUGAUUACUACAAGAUAUUGCAAGUGGACAGGAGCGCCAGCGACGACGAUUUGAAAAAGGCUUACAGGAAGCUCGCCAUGAAGUGGCAUCCUGAUAAGAAUCCCACCAAUAAGAAGGAUGCCGAAGCCAAGUUCAAACAGAUCUCCGAGGCUUAUGAGGUUGUUCUCAGCGACUCUCAGAAGAGGGCAGUGUAUGACCAAUACGGGGAAGAGGGUCUAAAGGGUCAAGUACCGCCACCUAAUGCCGCUAGUGGAGCUUCUUACUUCUCCGGCGGAGAGAUGCCAUCUUCAUUCAGAUUUAAUCCUCGUAGCGCUGAUGAUAUCUUCGCCGAGGUUUUUGGUCAGUCAAGCCCCUUUGGAGGGAUGGGUGGAAGCAGAGGAACAAGGUUUCCUAGUGCCUUCUUUGGUGAUGAUAUCUUUGGGUCGUAUGGUGAAGGAGGAGGUGGUUCAAUGCACCAAAGUGCUCCUAGAAAGGCCGGCCCGAUCGAGAAUAAACUUCCUUGUAGCCUUGAGGAGCUCUACAAGGGUACCACUAAGAAGAUGAAGAUUUCUAGAGAGAUAGUUGAUGUAAGCAGCAAAUCCAUGCAGGUGGAAGAGAUUCUAACAAUUGAUAUAAAGCCAGGAUGGAAAAAAGGCACCAAGAUCACGUUCCCUGAGAAAGGCAACGAGCAGCCUGGCAUCAUUCCCGCUGACCUCGUUUUCAUCAUUGAUGAGAAACCACAUCCUGUGUUCACACGAGAUGGAAAUGACUUGGUUGUCUCGCAGAAGAUCUCGUUAGCAGAGGCGCUGACUGGGUACACUGUCCAUCUUACAACCUUGGAUGGGAGAAGCUUGACUAUUCCUGUGAACAACGUGAUUCAUCCGACGUACGAGGAGGUUGUCUCCAGGGAAGGGAUGCCAAUCCCUAAAGAUCCCUCGAGGAGAGGAAACUUGAGGGUCAAGUUCAAUAUCAGGUUCCCCACACGGCUAACCACAGAGCAGAAGGCUGGCAUCAAGAAGCUCCUUGCCGCGUGAGGAAGAUACGCAUGUGAUUGUGAAUAUAUCCAAGUUACAUUGUUGUUUUGUAAGCUGCUUUCUUUGUUUACCUGUAGUUUGGGAAAGUUCAGAGCAUGUUGGUACUGAGUCCCGAACCGAUCGUGGAUAUAAAAUUCGAAUUGGCUGGUUAGGGUUGCUUCAUGUUUCAUUCAAUAAAUGGAAUGGUAUUUGGUCAUUGUCUAAAAUUCGAAUUGCGGAGAUCAAAUUCAUCUUGAAAGUAACCUUCCAGGUAUUCAAUCGGUACUGAAUUGAUGAUUCAAUUUUUAAUACA